UGACACUGACAGUUUGUUAUCAGCAAAAUUUGUUAUGGUUUUUCGAAGCAAAAUUACCGUGUUUUAUUAAUGAUUUGUUAAUUAAAAUGAUUGUGUAAGUCGUUAUCAUCCCACUCGGCGCACGAUGGACCGGCUGUACGCACUCGGGGUGUCUUGUAUAGAGUUUCUGCAGGAUUGGUUUGCGGACUCAGAAAACUACUUCGAGUGGGUGAACGACCUGUCCAACCCGCACUAUGUCAUGGAAUACCUGUUUCCGUUCGUGUCCACGCUGGAUUCAGUGUUUGCAGCGCAGUUACUGCUCUGUAUGUCCUUUGGGGGUUGGUUGAACUCUGUUAUGAAGUGGUGGUUGCUAGAAGACCGCCCCUACUGGUGGGUCCGUGAGACCUCAUUCUACGAAGGCGCCCGUCGCCCGCAACUGAGGCAGUUUCGGCAGACGUGCGAGACCGGCCCUGGUAGCCCGUCAGGCCACAGCACCACAGUCGCAAUGCUGCUACUGCUAGCUAUCAUGUGGAUAUCACAUAUCAUGAACGACAGAAAGUGCUACAUCUGGUGGUGGAAGUACAUAGUGUACCCAGUGUUCGCGUGCGCGCUCGGCUCGGUGAUGCUCGCGCGAAUGUUCGUCGCCACGCACUUCCCGCACCAGACGCUCAUGGGCGCUUUAGUGGGUUCCCUCUUAGCCCCAGCGCUUUGUAUAUACGUAUGCGACCCAUAUGUCUGGGGCUUCGGUCCCCACGGGCGCUCCGACACGCGGCGCGCGGUGGCUUGGCACGUCUUCUCGGCGCUUGUCACGGUGGCCAUUAGUGUGGUCACGUACUUCAGCUUGACAUUAUGCGGCUGGGACCCUCACUGGACUGUCAAACUGGCCUUCCGCUGGUGCGAGAACCCUGAAGACAUCCACGUGUCCACCACUCCUAUGUACGCUCUGGUGCAGGCCACCGCUUCGAUGCUUGGCUGGGCGCUCGCCGUCACGCCCGCUGUCGCUCAGUUCCGUCACUACACCAAAAACCGUUCGCUCAUACUGUCCGGUUUGGCUAUGUACCUACUCUACUGUGGCACAAGACACCUCCAAGAAAACAUAGACAAAAACAGCACCCUAUGGUUCUACUCUAUGCAGUUUUUACUAGCAGCUGUCAGACCGUUUUUGUACCUUCGAGUUGUACCCACAAUAUCUAUGUUACCGUACCCUAGUGUAGGUACAGGUAAGCACAAAAGGGAAUAGGCAAUUUUUAGUAUAAUAGUCCAUUUUUAACUUACUCAAAUAAGGGGUUUUUUGAUUCGGUUGUAUGUUUUAUUUAGCUUAAAAUAACAGACUAAAAUGUCUUUUUAGAUUAAAAAUAUUGCGGCAGUUUUUCAAAAUGUUGCUUUUGUGCUUUUUCACUAUUAAUUUUUAUUGAUAAAGUGUAUUGUAACUUUAUUUUGAUUGUUAUUACAUAUUUAAGGUUCGUUAUUGUAAAUGAUAGCAAUAAUGAUUUUAUACCAGUAGCUUAGUUGUUAUUUCAUUUUAUAGUAUAUGCCAGUCGACGGCAUCUCAAUUUCAAGAAUUUUGAGCCUUUUACGCCUUUAGAAUAAUGCUUAAAAUCAAAUGACAAAAAUUUGGAUGUUACAUUUAUUUAUUGUUGACUGUAUAAAAUAAUUUUAUUAAUAUACUCACGCAAUUUUUUAACGGGUUCUUUGGUACAAAUUCUGUGAUAUUUAUAAUUAUUUUAUGAUUUUUAUGUAAAUAUAGUAUGCAUAUGGCAAUAUAAAUACAAAGAUGUUGACUUCUUACUACUAGACAGGCUGUGCUGAACUGAGAAAGAAAGAAAAAACAUUUAUUCG